ACUGCUGGUAAUCGUCUCUUCUCGUUCCUAACACCAGUCCACCUCUGCUUGGUCGUCACCAAUUCGUCGGCGGUAGUGGUGGGUAGAGCACACAGAGGGUGUGUUGCUGCUGAGAGGAGGGGUGGAGAGACCGGCCGCGUGAUGUUGGUGGGAAUGGAGGAGGGGGAUGCGAUGGCGGCGGCGAGCUCGGGUUGCAGCAGCGGCUGCCAGUCCGGCUGGACCACCUACCUGGACGAUCACUCGUCCUACUCCUGCGGGACCGCGCGGUUCCACGGCAAGGCGCAGCAGCCGUACUACCACUGCGACUACUCCGAGGACGCGGAGGAGGACGACCUGUCCAUGAUCUCCGACGCCUCCUCCGGCCCACGCCAGCAGUGCUCCACCGGCAACGACGACGGCGCCGCCGCCGCCGCCGCGCAUGCCAAUGCGGCCCGGAGGAGAGGCAGGCGCAUGGAGCCCACCGCCAGGCGGCAGAGCAAGACGGCCGCCGGCGCGUCUCUUCUCGAGGACACGGCAAGCUCGCCGGCGUUCUUCAAGUACACCAAUGCCUCCGCUGAGGGCAAUGGCUAUGGCUAUGGCGGCGUGGCCUCUCCGGUGAUGGAGAUGGGCAAUGCGGCCGACUUCUCCUGCGCCUUCUCCGCCACGACGGGCUUCGAGAGUCCCUUAAACGGGAUUCCCCUGAGUGGCUACCUGCAAAUGCAGUACUCCACUACACAUGUCAAGGCGAUUCCCGCAAGACAGGCGCGCAGAGGUGGGGUUGAGAAGAAGAGGCGGUGACUCGAGAGGAGCUGUUGCUGUUGAUGGCCUCGUAGGGUGGUGCUCCCGGCCUGUGCAGUGUGCACGCACUGCUCUGCUCUUCUCUGUUCCGUUCUGUUAUUGGGAGAAAGAGGCCGAUAUGGGCAGGCAGCUGGGUAGAAUGUGUUUGCAAAUCUUCAGAUCCCCAAGAGACGAUUACUACACAUUGAUCCACCAUCUGUCUGUCUCCCUCUCCCUCUUCUGUUCUAUCUGUCACUCUCUCCUCGCUCUGUUUCACUAUGACCGUCCCUGUUACUCCCCCAGCUGCAGUUAGUAUUCCACUUUUUAGCUCUCAAUGCAGUGGGAAACAACCACCUGAGGCAAAACAAGGCAACGUGAAAUCCAAUCCUUUUUGCACCGCGUUUGCUGUU